UACAUGAUGUUAUAGGUCAUUUACAUCAAAGAUUAGGUAUUUAGAUGUUUACAUAAAAUAAAUAAUUUAUGAGUACAUUACAUUUUACAUUACGAUAUCCUUAUCAUUCUUGUGUUAACAAUAGAUAUUUUCGGUGCUCUGUUGUGUGUGUUCAAUCAAAGAAUUAUAAAUUCUUAUUGUCAAGGCUAAAGUCCAUGUGUGGUACUUGCAGAGAGUGUGGUCAGAUAACAGGUUUCUUGAUAAGUAGUUCAUUGCCUCAGCAUUUAGUCAAUUAUUGUGUAAACUUUAGCUGUGAUAAUGGAAAAAAAGAUGGGAUAUGUAACUUAUGAUCAGCUGAAAGAGUGCAUCCCAGAUUUGCCGUCAGGACCUCUGGAAAAGUACAGGAAACAAGCAACUUUUGACUGGCGGCGAAUGAAGCUUGUUUACGACUCGCUCAGCACUAUACAAUUAAAAAAACAUGUGUGGGACUUCAUGCGGACUCAUCCUCUGUUCCAACAUCAGUCAGCAUCACGAACUUUGGAUGAAGAGCGGCACAUUGCUGUCAAGAGAAUGUAUGCCAUAUACAAUGAAACCUUUGUGCCUGAUUUAAAGUUAAUUGAUGAUCCGGGACUAUUCCAAGCGCAGUCAGAGGCAAUGUUUAUGUUUGACAGUGCGUUGGCUGUCAAAGUAUCCUUGACUUUCAAGAUGUUUGCCAACACCAUACAAGGCGCCGGGCGGGACCAUCAUUUCAAUUAUUUGGAUGACAUAGAGAAAGCAAGGAUCGGCGGAUGCUUCGCCCUGACUGAGAUCUCGCACGGGUCUAACGCUCGAGGCAUGAGGACCACGGCUACCUACAUCCCUGAGAAGAGGCAGUUUAUUCUACAUACUCCUGACUUUGAAGCUGCUAAAUGCUGGGUCGGAAGCUUGGGUAAAUGCGCGACUCACGCAAUAAUCUACGCUAUGCUGAUGUCUAAGGGUAAGAACCACGGGUUGCAUACGUUUGUGGUGCCUAUACGAGACCCGGAGACUCUGUUACCGUACCCUGGGGUCACUCUUGGGGAUUUGGGCGAGAAAAUUGGACUGAACGGGGUCGAUAACGGAUUCGUAAUGUUUAACAAUUACCACUUGCCCAAAGAAGCGGCGUUGGACAAAUUAGGUGGAGUGGACGAUAAUGGGGACUACCAGACCCCGUUCAGGGAUCCUAGCAAGAGAUUUGGCGCGUCACUUGGAAUUUUAUCAGGUGGUCGAGUCCACAUCACAAGCAUAUCGACCGCAUAUCUGCAGAAAGCUAUAGUGAUUGCAAUACGCUACUCAGCCGUGAGGAAGCAGUUCGGACCUCCCAACAGCGAAGAGAUGCCAGUCAUGGAGUACCAACAACAGCAAAUCCGGUUAUUACCCUAUUUGGCGGCGACUUAUGCGCUCCGUGUGUUUUGCAACUGGUUCUGUCGUACUCACAUACAGCUUACUAUCAAUAGGUUCAUGGGUGUAGAUGACAACGCGGCGGGGCGAGGUAUAGAGAUGCACGCUUUAUCCUCGGCCGUGAAGCCGGUGUGCGGUUGGACUGCGCGGGACGGCAUACAGAACUGUAGAGAGGCCUGCGGGGGACACGGAUACUUGAAAGCGGCAAGAAUAGGCGACUUGCGCAAUGACAACGACGCAAACUGCACUUACGAAGGAGAAAACAGCUUGCUCCUGCAACAAGCCAGUAACUGGCUCCUCAAUGUAUGGAGUAGACGGGGCACCAUCACGAAGGAUGAUACGCCAUAUGGCUCGCUGCAGUUCCUGGACAAUGCCGACCAGCUGCUGUUUGAGACUUGUCCAUGGAAUACUGUUGAAGAGCUCAUCGACCCUGCUAACUUGACACACAUGUACAAGUGGCUGACGGCCUAUAUGUUGAAGAUGACUCAUGAGAAGGUGUCCACACUAAAAAGUUCCGGCAAAGACAACUUUAGCGCCAAGAAUGACUCGCAGAGCUUCAACGCCGUCACACUGUCAGUGGUUUAUGGAGAGAAUUUCAUCGUGAAUCAUUUCUACAAGAGUGCCAAUGCGUUUGAAGACGCACGGUGUCGCAACGUCUUGUUGAAGUUGGUGUCUCUGUACGGUGCAUUUAUGCUGGAGAAACAUAUGGCUACUCUUUACAUAGGUGGGUUCUUCAGCAAAGACCAAGGCCUGCUGCUGCGCGAGGGCAUCCUCCGCGUGUGCGCUGCGCUGGCGCCGCAAGCUGUCUCGCUGGCCGACACUCUCGCGCCGCCUGACUUCUGCCUCAAUUCUGUUCUUGGCAUGGCUGAUGGGGAAGUAUACAAACACAUCCAGAGCAGUGUGAUGUCAUAUCCAGGGUCGAUGAGUCGCCCGGAGUGGUGGCGAGACGUGGUCUUCUGGCGGUCUUACAUCCCAUCUAAACUAUAAGUCAGUAUGCAGGGUGUUUAGUGACCCUUUGUUCUCACUAGUUCGAUCGUCGAACUAGUGAGAAUUAUUUUUCUCAUUAGUUCGAUCGUCGAACGAGUGAGAAUAAUUAAAUAAUUCGACUGCAAGUAAGAAAGAAAGAAAUUCUGAGGGGGAGGAUUCAGACCAUGAUUCUAAGUAGAAUUUUCCGUCGCAAAAGUAUGGAACUGAAAAUGAAAAACAUGAAUUUUCCGACAAGAAACCAGGAAACAUUCCUUAUGUUUUAUAGUUUUAUCAAGACUGCAAAAUGUUGUUGUAUCUAUGUACUCAAUAAUUACUCGGGAAUUGGUUGUAUGUAUUUUAAUAAUGUUUUUAUUAAAUAUAUUUAUGGUUAAGUAGUUAUAAGGGAAGGAACUUAUUAUUGUGAUAUAAGCAUAGAAUAAAGAAUAAUAAUAUUAUGUAAAUGUCGUGGUCAGAUCAUAGAAUUGAUCAUUUCAUGAUGUGCGCGAUCAUUUCAUAAAAUGGUCAUAUUUCAUGAAAUAGAACAUCAUUCGUUGGCCACAUCAUGAUGAAGUUUGGCCAGAUCAAUGAACACAAAACGUUUAACGAUAUGAGCAACUAAAUGCAUGAUUACUUCAUGAUAUGGCCAAACGUUCGCAAUCGUAUCGUAAAAUUAGUAACAUUAUCCUCCGAUAAUGGCACUGGUGUCGAUUAUGUUUAAAACUUGAUUGAUAUUAUAAUCGAUGAAUCAAUGUAAUUGUACAAUUUUCCAUAUCGAAUAAGUAUAUAAUUUUGAUCCUAAGAAAUUACUCGACUAUUCGCAUUUUUAUUACACCACAUAGCAUGGACACCGCCUACAUUAACGAUAUGGCUAAACGUUGGUUGAUAUAUCAUUAAACGUUGACGUUUCAACGAUAUGGUCAACUUAAGUUGGCCAUUUCAUAAAUGGUCGAACACAUCAUGAAAUGAUCAAUUUUACGAUCUGGUCACGACAUAUAGAACGGUAACUGUUCGCCCCGCGCCAAUUCAUAUGGGGCGUCAACCUCACCCCCUCUGGGUGUUAUUUCUGGGGGGAGCGCGCGGACUGUCUCGCUCACACUGAGGCGUUUGGCAGCCCACUGUAAGAAUGUGAUUUUUGUAUAGAGUGGUUGGGUUGUGAUAUAACGCAACACAACGAGACAAAAUGACUGUAACUGUAAAUUAUUUUUAAGCACAUAUAUACAUACAUAAACUGCCUAUAUACGUCCCACUGCUGGGCACAGGCCUCCCCUCAAUCAACCGGAGGGGGUAUGGAGCAUACUCCACCACGCUGCUCCACUGCGGGUUGGUGGAGGUGUUCUUACGGCUAAUAGCCGGGACCAACGGCUUAACGUGCCCUCCGAAGCACGGAAUCAUCUUACUUUUUCGGACAAUCAGGUGAUUCAAGCCUGAAAAGUCCUUACCAAACAAAGGACAGUCUCACAAAGUGAUUUCGACAAUGUCCCCAUCGGGAAUCGAACCCACACCUCCAGAUCGUGAGCCUACCGCUCUAACCACUAGACCACGGAGGCUGUUAGACCACAGAGGCUGUUUUUAAGCAUAUUUUUAUACAAUGCGUAAUCAAAUGUUUAACUAUAAAUUGGUGCUGAUUCCUGUACACACCAUCUAAUUUUAUUUUAAGUUAUACCUGUCAUUUUCUUAUCCACCGAAAAGGAAAGGGACGGAUUGACAACUAUUAAUUUCAAAAUUAAUGAAUAACCCGUGCGAAUAAAAUAGGCAUCUCGCUCUUAUGAAACCCCCUUGACGUGAGCCGUCAACUUAAUCCUGCCGGGUUAUUGACUAGUAUGAAAUUUAAGGUUUUUUAAAUUUCUGCCUAAAAUUGACCUGUAUUCCAUAAAUUUUAUGCAUGUCGAUUAUUCGUCCCUUUCUUUUUCAGCAUAUAAGAAAAUGAUAGGUAUAACUUAAAAUUAGACGGUGUGUACGGGAAACAUCACCAUUUUGACGUUAUUAAUAUCAGACAUGUGAUGUUUUAUAAGUUAUUUUUAUACAUUGUUGGGCAUAUUAUGAUACCAGUGUACAGGUUUAUGUUAUACAGGGUUUAAAUAAAGGUUUUAUACACAAA